GCUUUGUGAGAGUUCCCUCCGCAGUGUUCCCGUAUUCAUUUACGUAGUCGUCAUGAAACGAGACAAAUCGUUGUUUUGGUCGCAAUAUUUAUCUCGAUACUACAGUAUGUGGCGGGUCGUGUGUCAUUUUGUGGUUUUACUUCAGGAUCUUUGGCUAAAUUUACCGCGGAGUAACUUUUAAAAGCAACUUUUGUUCAGACUUCCGUAAGGGACCGUGGUCAAAUUUGUAGCCACGUCGAGGCGGGGUGUCGUUCACGGCCGUUCCCUCACUGCGCCACUUUAAGUGAAAGGGGAAGCCUUGAAACCUCCAUGUUUGUAUCUUGAAACUGCGAGCGGAGUUGAGCACCAUAUUGAAUCAAAGUUGCUAACUCCUUGACAAAUGUUUGAAAACUUUCGGACUCCUAAAGUUAGCGGCUUCCCGAGCGGACAAAGACACCGGACUUGUUAUGGACGCGCUGUAGCCGACUCGUCGCGGUGUUUUCCGGCGCCUUUCAUUUUUGUUUUGUCGUUAAAGUUCAUGCAGCAGCUCCGAGUCGGCGAGCGAUCUCUAACUUUAGAGUGCGAGCCUUAGCACUUUGGACCAGACCUGGAUGUGAUGGACAAUCCAUCCUCAAUAAUCACACAAGUCAGCCGGGAUGAAGAGGGCAGCAAAGCUGCAGGGGAGACGAGGGGUUCUUCUCCCUCCCCGUCCUCUAAGAAGCCCCGGAGUGGAGGCAUCUUCUCUAACCUGUUCUGCUGCGUAUGUCGGGACCAGUCUGAACCUCCACCAGUCAACAACAACUCCCCACUGUUAGUGGAGGAGAACGGGACGGUCUCCAAGAUCCAGGCGAAGCCACUGCUGCCUCCAGUUAAGUCAAAAGACUCUGGAAAGAUCUGUGUGGUUAUAGACCUGGAUGAGACGUUAGUUCACAGCUCCUUUAAGCCCGUGAACAAUGCAGAUUUCAUCAUUCCUGUGGAAAUUGAUGGAACAGUACACCAGGUGUAUGUCCUAAAGCGGCCGCACGUCGACGAGUUCCUCAAGAGGAUGGGAGAGCUGUUCGAGUGUGUUCUGUUCACUGCCAGUUUAGCUAAGUACGCAGACCCGGUGUCUGAUCUCCUGGACAAAUGGGGAGCAUUCCGCUGCCGCCUCUUUAGAGAGUCUUGUGUUUUCCACCGAGGUAACUACGUCAAAGACCUGAGUCGCCUGGGUCGGGACCUCAACAAGGUCAUAAUUGUGGACAACUCUCCUGCCUCCUAUAUCUUCCAUCCUGACAAUGCAGUGCCUGUAAUCUCGUGGUUUGAUGACAUGUCCGAUACCGAGCUGCUGGACCUCAUCCCAUUUUUCGAAAGGCUGAGCAAAGUGGACAACGUCUACACAGUCCUCAAGCAACAAGGGACCGCGAGCUAACGGCGCUCAACUCUUCAUCUCACCUCUGAACAUAUCGGUGUUAAAAAUGUUUUAAAACAAAGAAAAUGCACACACCAGCUGGGCUCCAGUUCCAGAUAUCACUGCCCACCAGAACACAGGCUGCUUCACAGCUGACGGAGCCUCCACCCUCUCAGUUCCAGAGAGAUCUUUUAUUUGGCCUUCGUUGACUUUGACGGCAAAGCCGCCGCCACCUACUGUUCAGACAUUGAACUGGCCUGACACGAACCAGCUCACGUGGAUAAAAGGAUGAAUGUUUAAGGAUAAUUGUGCAGAACUCAUUAGCCACAGAUCCUCUGGACAGUGCCUGGGUACUGGAUUUCACCACCACUGGUCCUGUAAACUGAUCGCAAGCAGCAAGAAGUUUUUGGAAAAGGUUUACACAUUUAGAUCGGUCACUCAAUCGAUAUGGAAGUGUUAAAGAUUGUAAAUGUUUUGCGUAAUUACACGCUUUCCUUUUGCUAGGUGGCACACUUUUCAUCUGCAGUGAAAAGAAAUAGAUCCUUGGGUGUCAUUUUAGAGGUUUUAGGACAAGUAUUUUUGCAAAUUUAUGACAGUGUUAUAGAUGAUUAUAAUCCUUAAAAGUAAAAACAGAUUACAGCUGGGGCUGUAAUGUCAUUAUAUAAUUAAGUUAUAAAGAAUACUGAAAUGAUUGGACAGCACUUUACAUGUUUAUUGUGUAGUUUAUAGUGCAAGGACCCCUUUCACUGCAGAUCUUUUUGCGCAACUUGUGCACAAAAUGUUUAGAAAAUAAGAUGAAAUAAAUGAACGAAAAGUUGAAAUACGGGAAUGUAGGGUGUAUUUAGGCAAAAUUUACAAGUUGUGUUUUUACAUUUUUGCAAUCGGUCCAGUUGAAACUGUUUCGUGACUAGGUUAGAGCUACAGUAGUGUCCUCCCUAGAACCUGGCACUAAUUAGUUAAUAUCAAACCCGUCAGCACAAGCAAGCGAACGAGUAGCUCUUAGGUUUGGGUUGUAUAGGGACGAUUUCAAACCAGGUUGACAGCCAGAAUGCAAAAAACUUGCACUUUUCUGUCAGUGAAUCUCAUGACCAGUCGAUUCCAGAGUUAAGAGGACCAGGACUGUCUUCCAAAAUAGAGUAAAAACAAACAACAAAAAGUCAGGAAUUAGUCACUGUUAGUGGUGCUUCAAACAUGGUAGCUUCAGGUGUUUCUGGUUUUGUUCCUCGCUUUAAAAGCUCGGCAAAAUCUUGAUCUUUUUGUUUUAUUUGACAGACGUUUGGAUGACUGAGCUGUCUUGUUUUUUUAUGGUUUUCUUCUUUAAGCGGUACUUGCAGGCUGGAAACAGGCUUGUACGUUGGUUCUAAUGGUUCAGUCAAGUUCAAAUUUAGGGGAAAAAUCCACUUUAAAACACUCGAACACUAUAAAUGAAGUCCUCUGACUUUUACUCUGUACUUGUGGGUUAGUUGUGUUACUUGCCUGAGAAUUGUGUGGAUUUUUGGACAAAGACUAUAACAAUUUUUAUGAAAGGUUGACCGAUGUGCGUUUUUCAUAGGCCGAUACAAGUCCCAAUGCAUCCCUUUUACGUAGUGGUUUUUUUUUUUUUUUUGGAACCAAAAUAUAACAACUCAUGCAUUUAAAUAAACGUCGUGUGUAACACUUGGAAGAAUUUGGACUCUUUACAAAUACCUUUUGUUUGGUUAAUGGUUAACCGGUCUACCUUUAACUUGAAUUCCAUAGUAAAAUGCAAGCACAUCAACAUUUUUUUUUUUUUGAUUGCAACAAAUGGAUUCUGCAUGUUGAGGCCAAAGGCUUUCUGGGAAAUGUAGUCAACUGCAAUCACAUUGUUAUGUAAGGCUGGAUUUAAAAAAAGAAACAACCUUGUAAAUCGUGUUUUCCAUGAGAUUUGUAACGCAUGGUCUCUUCCGUUUGAUCUCCUUUAAUUGCGAUGACAAUGUCCUUUGUUUGACACCGAUGAAUGAAAAUGGUGGCUUGGACUACGAGCCUGGUUCGCAGGCUUUUUGAUGGUGCAGGGAAGACUUAAAUCCACCACAUAAAGAGCUAUUGCAUUAUUUUUAUAUAGCAAAUUCUUCUCAAUCGAGUUAGCCAUUUUGUGGUUGAGUGAUUACUGUUUUUGUUCUCAUUUUUGCCCUGAAGUGGUCCUCCGACACUAUUUAUGGCCUGUUUUCCAAUUGGAAAUUAUGUUCUUGCUGUUUUCACAAGAAAUCUGAUGCUUACCUCGUAUAUAAGUAGGUAGGAUCAGAACCGCCAGCGAAUAACUCAAAAAUAGAUAGUUUCUGAUUGUUGGGGCCACGUAACUGGGUAACUGUUUUGAAAUGUGUAUUUAAUGUAAGCCAUCUUCACAUUGGUUAGAUUUGUUUUGGACUCAUCGGCAACAUGUAUUUAUAGGAACAUUCAGUUUAUCUAGUCAUCUGAUUACAUUCAUAACAAGUAUUGUGUCACUGUGUGGAUCCAUUUGCUGAUACUGUACUUAUUACGCAUAAAUAGAUUUGUAUAUGUUGUUUUGCACAGUAAUAAAGCAAACAAAUUACAUUAAUAUAUGGAACAUUCAUUUGACUGUACUCAUGAUUCGAUAGAUGUAACACCUUUUUUGGGUUUUGUUGUUUUAUCAUACCAAAUAUUGUAUGAACUGUAUGUAAUAAUUUCAUUUCCCCUCAUAAAUACUAAAAGAGCC